AUGCCAAGGUGUUCCUCUUGUAGUAAGGUUUUCAAGGAUCGACAGGCAUUGGGUAAUCACAUAAAAACACAUUUAGACGAUAGUGAUGAUGAUUUACCUUUAUCGAAUCAAUCAAUUUGCAGAAUUUUUUCAAUUGAAACAACCCGAAUUCUAAAUGAAAAAAACAUAUUUGAAAGACAAAUCAUACCUGAAAGAAUGGAAACAACUUGUAAGAGAGCACGUUUUGAGCAAAAUUCAAACAUCGAUCAGGAGAAUGUUGCAUUUGAUAUAAAAGGAGCUUCUGAUAUAGAUGAAUCUAUUGAAGGACAAGACAUCGAUAUUCUAUUCUCUAGCUAUACAAGUGAAUUUCAAAGCAGUGACUCAUCUGACGAAGCCAACGAAGAAUAUGCAGCAUCCGAUCUGUCAGACAUGACAGAAGUUAAUGCUGAUGAUUGUGCUGAAUACAAUGCUCUACUUACCAGAAUACCUAGUGAUCCCGAAGAUGUGUAUCAAGAAUUUCCAUCAGAAGAAUAUGCAAAAUUUAUGCACAUGUUAACGCAGUUCUAUAUACAAGAUCUGCUUGCCAACGCUUUUAUAAAAUUCUUCAACAAAUACUCAAGUCGUAACGAUCAUCCAUUACCGUCAACAUCACAGGCCGGACGAGUAUUUAUAGAAAACCUAAAUCUUCCAAAUUUCGGUUGGCGAAAAGAAAAGAUUUUUGAAUACAAAGGAAUAGAAUAUGUAUUUGAACACAGAACGGUGCUUGACGGUAUACAACAGCUAUUGAUGAAUAAAAGUAUUACUGAAAAUUUUAUAUUUAAAUACAAAUCAUCUAUUGAAAAU